AUGCCGGACAAAUCCUACAAGAUCACCAGCACUGGUGAAAACGACCAGGGUAACCACUACUGCCACCGUGAUUUCGGUUCCAGUGCCCCUAACCAGAAUAGCUACCACUAUUCCAACCAGGACGGAUCUUACUACUACUCGAACUCCGACGGGAGCAAGUACCACAAUGACGGCCAGGGUGGUGCCAAGUACACCCCUCCCUCGGGCUCGGGCACCUCGUCCGGAAAGAAGUGA